UCCAUUACAAGGCAUUAUUUUCUCAUUUCGGUCUCGGUUCCACCGCUUUCGAAUUUCGUUUUCACAGCGGAGUCUCGCGAGUCGGCAGUGUCUUUGUCCGUCUCUCGAAAAGCCCACCCGAGUCGUCGUCGAACGCAUUGCUGAACGGCCUCUCAGACGGAUCCCCAGUCUCGAAUGAUGCCGAGAUCCGCGACGGCGAGACUUUAGCCUGCCACCCUCUGCACGACGGAGGCGAUUGUUUUCUUCUUCUUCUUCGUCUACAAUCGCACACGGGAUCUCGCGUUGGAAGAAAGACCGCGCCAGUCGCACAUCCCACUCGGAAAACUGUGAUAUCGAAAGGGACUUUUUCUCCUCAAGACCCUCUCUCACUCUCUCUCGUAUUAUUAUUUAUAUAUUAUAAUUAUUUAUUAAAAAUCUAAACUUUACAUCAUGGGGGAGUUGAUCGAAAUGCCUUCUAACGAAGAACAGAAGGAAAUACUGACGAAAAAGCUGAGCAAAUCCAUCGUGGCAGGAGAAACAUGGUAUUUGAUAGGCCAUAAAUGGAUGCGAUCUUUGAAAGAGUUUUUAGGAUUAGCUGAGCAUGGUCGUCAUCUUGAUGUCUCACAUCCUGGCCCAAUAGAUAAUCGCCCAUUAAUCGAUAAUGAAAAGCAUACUUUAAGAUCUGCACUCACAGAAAAGAUUGACUUUGAACUUGUUUCUGAAGAUACAUGGAAUCUUCUGUCAGACUGGUAUGGUGUAAUAGAAGACACCGAACCAAUUGCGAGACAGGCCAUCUCAAAUAACGAGCAUUACCCUAUUGUGGAAGUUUACCCAAUAAAUUUAUCCUGUUAUAAAAAUGGCGAUCGUUCUCGAGGAGAAACCCUGCAAGUUAGCAGAGUUGAAACAUUAGCUCGUGUUGUGGAAAGGUUAUGUAAACCGUUCGAUAUACCGAAAGACAGCGAAGUGAGGCUAUUUAUUGAAGGCUUGAUCAAUGAGCCAAUCGAGGACUACAAAUACAAAAAAAUUUGCGAAACUGAUUUAGUAGGAUGUCAGAAUUGCCUUGUUGUUGAGACGAUGUCAGAGGAUGGAAAAUGGCCAGAAAGGCAUCCUUAUCCUGUAAAAAGUAAUAAAGACAGGUUAAUUCACCAAGGGCCUUCUGGUCGGAUUUAUAAUUCUGAAACAGUUGUCCAAAUACGGCAUAGGCACAUGGCUCAAACCCAAAGCCGUUCGGCACCACCAGGUUUAUGUGGGUUAAUCAAUGUUGGAAAUGCCUGUUUUAUGAAUAGUGUAUUACAGUGUAUGAGUAACGUUCCAGUUAUCACUGAAUAUUUUCUGUCCGAGAGGCACUUGAAAGAAUUAAACAUAAGCAAUCCGUUGGGCAUGAAGGGUGAAAUUGCCAAGGCAUAUGGUGAAUUGAUCAUGAAGAUGUGGUCAGGGAAAUACAGUGAAACUAUCCCCUCUGAGUUUAAAACACAAGUGGGCAAGUUUAAUCCAUCGUUUAGUGGUUAUCAGCAACAUGACUCACAAGAACUGUUAACAUUUCUACUUGAUGGUCUUCACGAAGAUUUGAAUAAAAUUAAACAAAAACCAUAUAUAGAAAUCUGUAACCAAGCUGGAAAAGACGAGAAGAUAGCAGCUUUUGAAGCAUGGGAAAAUUAUAAGAAACGGAACGAUUCUAUAAUUGUCGACACCUUUCAUGGUUUGUUGAAAUCCACGGUCAUUUGUCCAGAAUGUGAAAGACCUUCUGUUACAUUUGAUCCUUUCUGCUAUUUAUCGCUGCCUCUACCCUCAUGCAAAAUGGAUCGGGCUCUUACGAUAACCUACGUUCCAUUUGAUGGCUCAAAGAGAGAAUGCAAAUACCGAUUAAUACUUGCAAGAAAAGAUACAAUUAGAGAGUUGUGUCAAGAAGUGUCAGUCAGGACGGGGAUCCAUCAAGAUCAGAUGCUCGUUGCAGAAAUAACACAAUGCCAUUUCCAUAAGUUUUACGGGAAUGAAGAUAGCAUCGAUCAUAUUGAAGAGAAAGAUGUCAUUAAAGUGUUUGAACUUCCAAUUGUGGUCCCCGCCUCAGAUAAAGAUACUAUGAUAGUUCCAGUUUGUUUUUGGGAGCUUUGUAAACCCAAUGACAAAUACUUGCCGAACCACUUGUUCGGUAUUCCAUUUCUAAUUACCAUCCCUAAAGCGCCGAUUACGUACGAUGAUUUGAAUGAAGUGCUCUUGGAAAAAAUGCAAAGACAUUUUAACCUCCCUGGCAACGUUUCUGGAAGUAACAGUUCUUCUUCCUUUAAUUCAAAUUCCUUUGCUGUUUCUUCUUAUUCCGAUACAUCGUUAGAGAAUGACUUAGAGAGACAGUGCUCUCUUAAUAACAUCGGUUGUGAAGAUUCUUUUUACAAAAUUUAUUAUAUGGAUUCCUCCACUAAUGCAGAACCAAAAAAAUUAACUUUCAACGAUACCACUAUAAAUUUAUCAGAUUUGCUUUCUGGAAAUGAUCCUCCGAGGUAUGGACGCAAAGUAUUAAUCCUUCAGUUUACUUCAGAACAAAGGAGAAAGUUUUUCCAAGAAAGACCAGUAGUUCACGAUCACCUGAUUAACCCUUAUCCUUCUAAUAGGGAGAAAGGGAAAAUAUCUAUAAAUGAUUGUUUAAGCCUAUUCACGACAUGUGAAAAAUUGAGUGCUGACGAUGCCUGGUAUUGCCCAGAUUGUCACAAACAUCAGAGAGCAACGAAAAAAUUCGACUUGUGGAAACUUCCGAAAGUGCUGAUUGUUCAUCUGAAGAGGUUCUCUUACACUCGUUACCGGAGGGACAAAAUAGAUGAUUUCGUUGAUUGCCCAAUUUCAAAUCUGUGUAUGGAUAAAUAUGUUAUCAACGAGGAAAAGCCGUCAAAAGUGUACGAUUUGAUUGGAGUGUGUAAUCACUAUGGAAAUAUGGGUGCUGGGCACUAUACUGCUUCUUGUAAAAAUAAGGACAAUGGGAACUGGUACAACUUCGAUGAUAAUAUGGUUUCACCCAUUCAGACAGAAAAGAUUUUGACAAACGCUGCCUACGUUCUUUUCUACAUCGCUAAAGACUGUAAUAAACCACCUGAUAAUUUGGAUACAAAUUGAUUCCAUCCAAUGGUUUUGUGAUAAUGAGUGUGAUCUAUAUAUACAUAUACAGUAAUUACUUUAUACAGAACAGAAAUAAAUGGAUAUUGAAAAUAGGA